CAGUGGCAACAGGUCGAUUAGGGCAAAAAGUGCCAUUGCGGCUGCAGGUUGAAGGCAAACGAUGAGCAGUAGUUCCGCGCCGACCAGCGCCCCCAGCUCGUGGCAUAAGCGCGUGGGGCGCCAAAAGCUACAGGCGAACAGCAAGCUCGGCUCGUGGUUCGUGAGCAAAUUCGCCAGCAAGAACAAGCUGCUGCGCGACCACGACGAGGAGACGGCACAGAACCAGCGGCGUCGGCCGGUCGGUACGCUCAGCGCCGUGACAAACCAGCAACAGGCGAACGCCGCGCGGCGCGAGGAACUCAGUCGCAACAAGCCUGUGCGCCAGAAGAGUUUCCUGCGACAGCAACUGCAGGAAAUGAAGCGGCAAUCCGCCGAGGCGCUGCAGCGCGCCCAGAAGCGUAUGGAUGGGGAGAUAGUCGAGGUAGAUGAAGAAGAUCUUGACGACAAAUCAUCAUCUGAUGAGGAGGAAGGGCUCCACGUGGUCGACGACCCGGAGGACGCUCUACGCGGGAGUCUAAGCAGCAACCCGGCGUCGUCCAGGAGGUCCAGCACCUGCUCGCGACGUCGUAGUGCCGCCGAGGAGCAACAGGAACGGGAGGACGAAAUUUUGGCCCACGAAACUCAGAGAGUCGAGUACUCGGAAGAGGCGAACCGACGCAUGAGUCAGGCCACACAACUGUACGCUGAAGCUAUCAGCGCUUUGGACUACGCGCUGCAUCCGAAACGUCAACCGGAGAAAGAGGCCUCUCCGAAGCCUCUGCUUCUUGGCGUCAAAAAAGGAAGUGCAAAUAUGCCCAAAAGUGAGUGGAUUUAAGCAAAAAAAUUGGCAAAAGUUUUUGGGGUAACGCCACACUGACGGAAGGAAGACAGUUUGAAGACGUGACGAAAAACGUGAGUGACAAAAUGGUGGACGGAGGUACAGGCGGUGUAUAUCAAGAUUUUCUUCGCCACGAGGAGGACGUAGCAGUAGUUUGGUAUAAAAGGCGACGGCAAUAUUUUUAUUUUGGGGGAAAAGUACUUAAUUACAGUAGUAAAGAGAGUAUGAACGAUGAAUAUCAAGCGACGAAGCUACAGUGUUUUGUCACUUUGAGGAUCGAGAGAAUGCAACAAAGUGGGGAUCUUCCAGUGGAUGGUGCUCAACACGCUCGUAGCCGUC